GCUGCGUUGAGCUAAAUGCCUUCCAAACCAACGCGGUGCUAACUAAUGCUGCCUUUCCCAGCUGUGGAGCGAGGGCAAUGCGAUAUUCCGGACAGACAGCGAUUACAGUAGCCGAUAAACCACGGGCGAUGGACUGACUGAAGACGGAGACUGAGGCGUCUUUCAGCGCGGGGCGGGUGAGGGAAGGGCCCGCGCCCCCCUCAUGGCGCCCCAGGGCCCCGCCCCGCGCCGCCGGCGGGAAGGCGGCCGGGCCGUGCCCUCAGGAGGAGCGAGGCGGGCGGCUGUGGCGGGCUCGGCGCCUCCGCCCCGGGUACUGCUCGGCGCCUCCGCCCCGGGUACUGCACCCACCUUCUCCCCGGGAGCUGCCCGGGCAUGAGCUGGGGAUUUAAUUACUGUUCUGAUUUUGAUGGGGAAUUACGGUGCUUUGCGGGGGGAGGGAGAUUCAGCGGUCCCUCGCCCUUUGGGAACAGAAAUGUACAUCUCAUGAGGAGGCAGCUGGCAAAGAAAAGCCGAAUAAAUCUGUGUGUUGUUGGCGAUUAAUCAGUUAUUUUCCUCUGAGGCAACAGAUGUGAGGUCGCGCCGUGAGGUUCUUUGGGGCAGGUCGGAUCGGGCCCGGCCCGGGGAGCCGAGCUCUGCUGCCACUUUCUGCCCGCCCAAGGCCAGGGGAAUUGCGGGGUCCCUGUCACACCCGCAGGCUGGAAGGACACCGCGGUAUCCAGGUCUUGCUCACCUGUCCUUGGGCAGUGGUGACUGGAAUCGUUCAGGUGUGCCAACACACACCAGCAGCAGGACAACACUAAGCAGAAGGAUUUUUUUCGUACCUAAAGCUUUUAAUAGGUGAUCAAUACUUUAUUGCGUGCUCUUUCACGAUGAAGGCCAUGGAGGAUCAAGUAGUCCAAGAAGAACCAGGAUACCAGGAUGAUGAGGAGUCCUUUUUUCAGGAUAUUGACCUGCUGCAGAAGCAUGGAAUUAAUGUAGCAGAUAUUAAAAAGCUGAAGGCAGUUGGGAUUUGCACAAUCAAAGGAAUCCAGAUGACCACAAGAAGGGCACUGUGCAACGUGAAGGGGCUCUCAGAGGCCAAAGUGGACAAGAUUAAAGAAGCUGCAAACAAGCUUGUUGAACCAGGCUUCCUCACUGCCUUUGAGUACAGUGAAAAACGGAAGAUGGUAUUUCAUAUUUCCACUGGCAGCCAAGAAUUUGAUAAGCUUCUGGGUGGUGGAAUUGAAAGCAUGGCAAUCACCGAGGCCUUUGGAGAGUUCCGGACAGGCAAAACCCAACUGUCUCACACUCUUUGUGUGACAGCUCAGCUCCCAGGACCAAAUGGCUACACAGGUGGAAAGAUUAUCUUCAUUGAUACUGAAAACACUUUCCGACCGGAUCGCCUGCGUGACAUUGCGGAUCGCUUCAAUGUGGACCACGAGGCAGUGCUUGACAACGUGCUCUAUGCACGUGCAUACACCAGUGAGCAUCAGAUGGAAUUGCUUGACUAUGUAGCAGCCAAGUUCCAUGAGGAAGCUGGUAUCUUCAAGUUAUUGAUCAUUGACUCCAUAAUGGCACUUUUCCGUGUGGAUUUCAGUGGUCGCGGAGAGUUGGCCGAACGACAACAGAAACUGGCUCAGAUGUUGUCAAGGCUCCAAAAAAUAUCAGAAGAAUAUAAUGUGGCUGUGUUUGUGACCAACCAGAUGACUGCUGACCCAGGAGCAACUAUGACCUUUCAGGCAGACCCAAAAAAGCCCAUUGGGGGCCACAUCCUUGCUCAUGCUUCAACUACCAGGAUCAGUCUGAGGAAAGGGAGAGGGGAGCUGCGUAUUGCAAAGAUCUACGACAGCCCUGAGAUGCCUGAAAAUGAAGCCACAUUUGCAAUAACUGCUGGAGGGAUUGGGGAUGCCAAAGAAUAGGUAAAAAAAUGAUGUAAAUGUACAGCUAAAAACCAGCUGGGCAGUUGGGAUGAAGAUUUGUGAAAGGUCGACAACUACCUGGCUGCAUUUGUAGCUUUUGGGAGAUAUUUAAGAUAUUUUGGGAGAAAAUAGGAGGGACUUUGUACAGUUCAGUUUUACUGAACUAAAAUUUUGGUCAUUUAGGAUUUUUGUUUUUCAACAGAACCUUUAGGACACAAAGAUUUAAGCCAUUAAAUUGUGACUUGUUCUUAGAAUCCUUUUCCUGUCUUUUGUGAAAAUCAAACCUGUCCUUUCACAUGGGAGUGAAUAUAUUCUUUCUUAAUUUAUUUCAAAGAGAGUGUCUAAGUGGUAGAAUUUAACAGUGUGAAAUGCAACAGAACUGGAAUAAACUCAGUUAUAAAAUUGACAUAUAUAGAUGGAAAAGGCAGUGGGAGGAACAACAGCUCAAGAACUUGACGGAUUUUCAUGUACUGUAGAGGAACAAGUAGUUUUAAGAAUACGUUUUUAAACAUUUUUAUCUUGACUAGAUAAUGUUCAUGUUUUUAUUUAGCAUUUUCUACUUUUUGGACAGAAUGUUUGAAACCUGUUCUUAUUAAAGUUAAAAAUAAAGACUGUGAAUUAGAAC